AUGGACUUUGUCAUAGGGGUGAGCUGUGCCACCUUACCAACACUGCUGCACGGGGCCAUCACCGGGGGGACUCUUUACGGUGACGUCUUGACCUUUGCUUGUGGCACAGGGUACGAGUUGUACGGCAACUCUAACGUGACGUGUCAAGCCGAUCAAACCUGGUCCGGAACAGCGCCAUUAUGUAGAGAGAUACUCUGCCCCCCACUCACGCCUCCAAUAAACGGACAGGUUACGGGUGGUAACGCCUAUGGCAACACCGUGGUGAUCACCUGUGAUGCAGGCUAUCACCUUGUUGGAAACAGCACACGUACCUGUCAAGAGAACAAGCUGUGGUCCGGGAUACAGCCUGUAUGUGAAAAGGUAAGCUGCAGUCAACUGUUGGCCCCUGUCAAUGGCAGCGUGAACGGAGGGACGCUUUUCGGUGACUCAGCAACAUUUACAUGUGAUUCUGGAUACGAGAUAGUGGGGUCCAGCAGUCUGUUGUGCCAGGCCAACCAGCAGUGGACUGGGAUACAACCUUCUUGUCAUAGAGUGCAAUGCCCCACCCUGCCACCCCUGAUGGACGGACAAAUGACAGGCGGGUCCCUGUAUGGUGACAAGGUCACGUUCAGCUGUCACGUGGGUUUCCACCUCAUAGGCAGCUCGGAGAGAAUCUGCCAGGCGGAUCAACAGUGGAGCGGAGCUCAGCCUUCCUGUCAGAGGAAAGAAUGCCCACCACUCACUGCUCCUGACCACGGUAGUAUUACGGGCAGUAAUCUCUACGGACACACCGUUACUAUAUCAUGUGACCCUGGGUACGAGCUUGACGGGACCGGAAGUAGGACGUGUCAGGCGGAUCAGACUUGGAGCGGUGUUGAGCCCACUUGCAAAGCCAUAACAUGUGCCGACCUGGACCCGCCAUUGAACGGUGACGUAGUCGGAGACAACUCGUACGGUGACACCGUCACCUUCUCCUGCUCUGUGGGGUUUGUACUAACCGGGAGUGCCAAUCUAACGUGUCAACACGACGAGCAGUGGAGCGGCUCCGCACCAAUCUGCACCAGAAAGGAAUGCCCUCUCUGGCCAACCCCUGAAAACGUCCAGGCAACAGGAGGACAUCUCUACGGUGAUGUCAUGGCGUUCUUCUGCCUGACCGGGUUCACUCUAAACGGCAACGACACGAGUGUGUGCCAAGCCGACCAGACCUGGAGCGGAGAUCCACCGUCUUGUGAUCGAGUCCAAUGUCCGGCCUUGUCUGCACCCACCAAUGGCAACGUUCAUGGCAGCUUCAUGUACGAGGACGUGGUGGUUUUUACCUGCAACGAAGGGUUUGAACUAUCAGGCACACUGACGGUGACCUGCCAAGCUGACAUGACGUGGAGCAGCACUGAACCUAUAUGUCAGAAAAAGGCGUGUCCUGUGCUGGACGGCGUUGUUUACGGCACCGUGACUGGUAGUAACCUGUAUGGAGAUACUGACACAUUCACCUGCUUAGCUGGGUAUCAGCUGGUCGGGGAUCAGGACCGGACCUGUCUAGCUAACCAGACCUGGAGCGGAGUCCAACCAAGUUGUCAAAAAAUAUGUUGUGACAGCCCCCUAGCAAUUGUCAACGGUCAUGUCCAGACGACCAAUGGGAAGUCUUGUUACGGAAGCAUAGCAACCUUUGACUGUGAUGCUGGCUACAGUCUGAUAGGGAGUGGCACUGCAACCUGCCGAGAGGACGGGAACUGGUCGGAGGUGCCAUUAUGUGAAAGAGUCUGCUGCGGUGAAGUUGGAUACAUACACAGUGGUCAGGCUAUUACGAACGGGACCUGCUACAACGACGUUGCGACGCUUACAUGUGAUCCUGGGUUCCAGCUUGUUUCAGAUGGUCCCAUAGUUUGCGGUGCAGAAGGACAAUGGAGUGGAAACAGCUAUUGUGAACCCAACCCGACCUGCAGUAGAGAGGACCUGGCGAACCCUGCAAACGGCCACAAGAUUUGUUACACAGCUCAUUCAAGCGGAGAGGAUAGAGAGCUCUGUACAAUGAACUGCAAUCCGCCAAAGGUAUAUGGUGUGGAUACAGAUAUCUAUCAGUGUGGAGACCACACCAACUGGCUAUGGAUGACUCGUCAGAACAACCGACUGUGGUUCACUGCGGUUUCACAAUGUCAAGAUCCCCAGGACCCUUUCGCGUUCAUUGUAAUGGGAGGCCUGACUAUCGAGUCUGCUACAUUGACGACACCUUAUCUCGCUGCCAUUAGAAGGUUUAUCAGGGAGGAGCUUUUGCGUCAGAGGUUGUGCACUCCACCAUGCAGGAUCAGUCACAUCUCUGUUGACGAAGGUACCCGUGUGAGGUUGACGAGAGAAACUUCUCCCAUAUAUAUCGUCGACAUUACCAUACAGAUGUACGUGGAACAUGGCGACCAACUGUCCCUGCAGUCAAACCUUCUUCCAACCGACAUGGAUGCUUAUCUCAGACAAGUUGCUGUCGAUGUCAAAAACUACUUGGCGUCCGGUGCAGUCGUCAUUCCCGUCGACGGCGCCAAUCUCACGAUUGAAGACACGGGAGUCAGCAUGUCGGACCCUACUGUUGGGUGUCCAGUCGGAUUCCGAUCAUAUGACAGUCAUUGCGUUGCCUGCCCUCCCGGAUCCGUACAUGUCCCAAUGUCCGGGGAAUGUGCCCCGUGUCCUAUAGGGACGUACCAUAACACCAGUGCUCAAACAGACUGCUUACCGUGUCCUGGUGGGACCACGACAUUGAAGGAGGGGAGCAGUGACGUAAGCGCGUGCAAAGAUUACUCGGACUGUAACUGUGGACCUCAUCCCUGUAUGCUGACCAGUUACGGAUGGGCGUGCCAGUGUCCUACAGGUUAUGUGAAUGAAGAUGACAAAUGUGUCGCAAUCAGUGGGUGUCCUGAGGGGUCUAAGGUGCUAGGAGACGUGUGUUACACGGUAUCCAACACCACGGCCACUUAUCGGCAGGCUACGGAUGCUUGCCGGCGGCAGGGAGGACUGAUUGUCGCCGUGAAGAGCAAAGAGACCCAGGACUUCAUUGCUGCGAACAGCGAUGGCAAGGACUUGUGGGUUGGUCUGGAUGAUGUUAUGGACGAAGGAGAAUUCAAGUGGUCCGAUGGAGCCGAUAUCGGAAGCUUUACCUAUUGGGCACCCGGUGAGCCCAACGAUGCUUCGACAUCAUCUUCCCAGGACUGUGUCCAUCUGUGGCCACUGGCAGGGUACAGCUGGGAUGACCAACCAUGUGACAGAAUGGAAUACUUUGUCUGCCAGUUCAUUGUUCCUAGUGGUCCCCAACCCUAAUGGUUUGGAUCGAACUGCAAGCAACCACGGGAAGAAACUGAACCUGUCACAUUAGAAUCACUUCUAGCACUGUAAUGAGAGAGAACACGAUUCUCUCUUUUCACGGCAAAUGUACACUUGAAUCGAGUUUUGUGGCGUGUGUCAAUUGUCAAUAUGCUAGUACGUUGCUAUCUUUUGCCUAGAUAUAAACGAUUUGGAGUUAUGAUACUUGCUGUCAUUAAAAUAACGGAUUGCUUGUAGGUUGA